CGUUAUAUGAGUAUUGAAAUAGGCGAUGACUAAUUUCAAGCGCUGUGCAGGGCACACUUGCGAACAGCGCUCAAACGGCGCUUGUUUCUCUUGCACUCAUGCAUGUCUGUCUCUUACCCACAGAAAUUCUACUGUACCUAUUCGAAUUCAACACCAUCGAAGACUGCAACUGGCGCCCAAUUAGUGUUCCUCAGCUUGCUGCUCUUGCAAGAACCUGUAGGGCAUUCAAGGAACCUGCGCUUGAUAUUCUUUGGAAAGACAUACACGGGUUCAAGCCACUCAUCUCAUGCCUGCCUGAAGGUAUCAUUAGCACAGACACAGAAGGAUACUUGACUUUCAAAAGGCCUCUCUUAGAUGCAGAGUGGAGGCUUAUUGAUAGAAAUGCACGACGUAUCCGCUCCUUUACAGUCAUCGACAGUGAGCUAGACGCGUUAGACAGUCAUGGCAUGCAGGCGUUCAUGUCUACACCAUCACCCACACCGCUCUUGCCGAACCUUCGUAUUUUGCGUUGGUGUGACGAGCGAGAGUACUUCUUUCCGCUGUUGCGCACCCUGCUUGUGUCAACUAUCACAUCGAUACAACUGGGCUCCAAAUCAACGCCUCCCUCAUUUGCCCAAUCUGCUUUGUUGGCUUCCCUCCCAGGUCGAUGUCCAUCCAUUCAGGAGCUCGACUGCACAUGUGUUGGUGAUUCUACAGAAAGUUCAGAUGCAAUUUGCGAAGCUCUAUAUGGCUUGCGAGAGCUUUCCCGUCUCGACACAGGAGUCCUUAGUACACAAGAGUUUUUUCGCUUGGCUGCUUUGCCGUCGCUGAAAUCUCUGGAUUUCAUCCUGAGGACGUACAACAUUCACGAGAUGCCAUCCGAUUCCACUUCAACAAUUUUCUCCCAACUCAAUCAAGUGCACCUCACUGCACCGUCACAGUCUGUCGUCAAUCGCUUUACCAGAAGUGUCCGUUUUCCCUCCUGUCGAUCAGUGACGGUGGACGUCGACUACGGUGGUUUGGGCGGCGAUCCACUGGAUAUUCCUGACCUCAUUGUCUCCCUCUCAGAGUGCUUCUCUCCUGCUCUUGAGGAAUUGUGUGUCGACUUCGACUUCGACUUCGACUUCUACGAAGCAAAGGGGGUCAUUGCCAACCGUCGCAGCUAUGUGCUUAGCUUUCACGCGGUUGCCCCGUUGCUGUCGUUUAAUCGCUUGACGGACUUACAACUCGGUUGGAUGUGCACGUCGGACAUCAAUGAUGCCUCGCUCAAGACAAUCGCGCAAUCCUGGCCUCAGCUCGAAACUCUCGCCUUUGGGGGUUCAGCUCGUUGGCUGACCCCACCAUCUCUCACCUUCGUAGGACUCGUCCACCUCAUACAACAUUGCCGGCGCUUGCGCAUGCUUCAAAUAUCCUUUUGGGCAUGUCCGGUUGUCUUUGAAAGCGAGCCGUGCUUUACCAGUAUUGCCAACGAGAAGAUCACAAGACUUUUUGUGGGGAUGUCUCCCAUCGUCGAUUCCGUGGGCAUGGCCUAUGAACUGCGUAGAUUGUUGCCCAAGUUGACCGAAGUGGUCUUCCUCGACUGGCUUGAUGAGGGCAUCCCCGUGCCGCCGCCAUUUCAUGAUCUCGGAGGUACAUGGAAUGUCGUGAAUGAAAUCCUGGGGAUGGAUGAGAGAAUAAAGAGGUUCAACGCCACGGGAGCCCAUGUUGCUGGCUUGACGGACCCUGGACAUAUUGUGUGGUGACUUGGAUACCUACGAAUGUGUACUACAAAACCAUAUAUCUGGGGCGAGUACAACAAUACGACAGGUGUCAUGAUCGAGAGGAGUGACAAUUAAAUUUUCAUUCAUCGAAACCAGUCAGGAUCCCAUAACUUCACAUUCACCUCAUUGACACUCCAUCUACCAGCCGAGAUCCUGUCUCUGUUCCUGUCUCUGAUUUUACCACCGCUAGUGGCGCAAUGGGCUUCCGGCGCCUGGAGGGACAUGAUGAAUUGUCCUGCUCAACAGUAAUCUGGCGUUGUUUGCUUUGAUGCACGGGUCUCCACCUCACUGAUGCCUCCGUCUGGAUAACUACUGCUAUGUCGCUCGGAGUUUUUGAUAUCUCCAAGGCCGUCAAGAAUGGUGUCACGAUCAAACCCGAGUUGGACCC